GUGGGCGGAGGAAAAGCCUAGUAUUUUGUCCGUCCUGAAAUUUGAUUCAGAAGUUCAGGAUCCUGAAAGACAAAAAGCAAACGGAGGGGGAGGGAAGAAAUGCAGUAGACGGACAGAGGGAUAUUUCUUUAAAAAAAAUCUGCGACAAGAGUAAACGCACCAAAAUACUCAUCUGCAACCUCCGACUAAAGCCGUGCGACUAUGAGCACCUCGGGGCUUCAGGCCACUAACCGGCAGAACGUGAAGGAGCUCGACAGCAUGAAGGAGUCCAUCAGCGACAUCAUCAACCAGCUCCAGGACAUCGACCCUGCCAGGCUGUCCUUCUCCCCCUUCCUGGACCUGGACACUCAGAUCUCCUUGGCUCCGGUGUCAGACAGCCCCGAGUCCUCGGUGGAGGAGCUGCGCUCGUCCUCCCACUCCGUCUCCGGCUCCCAGCGCUCGUUGGAACCGCCACCAGCCACCGACCAGCCAAGGAGCUCUGCUCCUUGCCACCAGCAGCCCGGCGUCCAUCUCCCAGAAGCUCCGCGAGCAGAUCAGAGGGAGGAAGGGGAGCUGGAUCAAACUAUUUCCAGCCCCGUCGUCACAGCGCGCAAUUUGGACGCCGCCACGGAAAACCGCAUCGGCCCUCCAACCCCGGCCUCUCAGGGAGACAUUCCCAACGGCACAGACACGCCGAGAUGGAGCCCAGAAUCCACCAAUCUGGAGUGUACUGUGGACGAGGGUCGGCCCCUGAUUGGGCCGCCCCCGGAGAGCGUGGAGCUGGCCGUGUGGAGUCCAGGGGUCCGGGGAGGGACAUGUGCGGCCGCGGGGGAGGCCUCGGACCGGGGACUGUGCUGCUGCCGCUGCUGCCAGUGUAAAUGCUGCCAGAGCGGCCGGGUUCCCGCUUUCCUCUCGGUCCUGGCGUCCCUCCUGUGCGCGGCCGGGAUCCUGUACGCACUCUAUUUCUACGUCCCCAUUAAACCCCCCGACUGCCCCGACGUGACCAGCCGCAUCGUCUUCACCCUCUGCUGCUGUGUGGUGGCGGCCGUCCCCAUCCUGCUCGCGAUGCUCAUGGGUGCAGCAUGCCAGUUCUGCACCGGCUCCUUCAGUCUGCAGGAGACUUUUCCCAGAAGGCGGGCGGUGCAGCAGCUGUUUGUCACGGCGUCCUUGGAGCAGCUACUCCUCUACGUCCUCAACCUCGUCGUCAUGGCCGCCCUAAUGCCUCAGGAGCAUCUGAAGCUGGUGCCCAUACUGGUUGCCAUGUUCAUCUUUGGGAGGCUUGUUUACUGGAUUUGCCUGAACACGUGCAGCUCCUGGCGAGGCUUCGGCUCCGGCCUGACCGUCUUCCCGCUCCUCGCCAUGGUGGCUCUCAAUCUCUUCCUCAUGUACAUCCAUAAUCUCAAGGAGCCGCUUUUUGGCUCCCAGGACGGCGUCUAUAAUCAGGUCACCCCCUCUUCCUGGUCAGGGGAGACAUCACAGAGCCCGAGUGGCAAACCAGACAUCCUACCCACAGACAUCCUGGACGCUCAGUGAGGAGGCGAGCUGCGCUUUCUUCUCGGGGAGGAGGAGGAGAUCUUUCCAAAAAUAGACCAUUCCUGUGGUCUGCAAUUCAGCUACACACGCUGCCACUAUAACCUCCAACUCUGUGACGGCUUAACUUGUGUUUUUGCUCCUCCUAUGCGCAGCCUUUUUUAUGUGGAUUCAUGCUUAUUAUCUGAAAUGCAAGAGCUCAGCCUGCUAGCGGCCGAGGACGCCUUUGAACAAUGCUGUAGUCAUAAAACAUUUGUCCUUUUAAGCUAUUCCAGUGCCUGUAUUUAAUGCCUUGAACUCUCAGUACUUAAAAGCUCUACUAUAUAUAUAUAUAUAUGUGUAUGUAUAUAUAUAUAUAUAUAAAGCUGAUUUUGGUUCGAUCCCUAAGAAAACCACGACCAAAGCAGCUACAGUUUUCAAACUUUUAUUAUUAUUAUUAUUAUUGUUGUUGUUGUCCAAAAGGUUUGUACAUGAUGAAGGCAGAAUAAAAGCCGUUUGUAAAAACUUCUUUCCACCGCUGGUUUUCCGUUAAGCAGUCGCGGCUAUUCCUGGAGAGACGGCAGUACGUGUCUUCGGUGCUGGGACUGUCAUUAUGUGAUAACGUGCUCCCCGUGUUGCUCUCCUCCACCCCGGCUGGCGUCCUCGCCGCUGCUGCUGAACUCGCUCGGUUUUUGUGGCACCCAAACGAGGCCAGACCCACAAAAAAAAAAAAAAAAACAAAGCGAGAAAAGAUGCACUUUAGUUUCUUUCAACCACUGAAGUGAUCAGCAGAAGUUUAAUGAGAUAUCCAGAUUACUGUAAUUAAAAGUGACUCAUCGACUAAAGGUAUUUAUCAUGAAUUAUGAGUCUUUUAAACACAUUUGCAUUUGUCUGCUUGAUGUGCAGUUUGUUGUUUGGAAGAGGAUCCAACUGCAAGUACGUGUAUUUUUCCCAAUAAUAAAAUCCAGAUGUAACCAGA